AUGAUGCAUCGCCUCACAGAUCGCGUCACGCGGGAAUACCUAGGCAAAGACAAGGUGUUGCGUAUCGAUCAAAUGUGGGGGUGCUGGACUUCGGACAUCAUCAACGACUACGCCUUCGACAAGCCGCAUAAUUUCCUUGAUGCCCCAGAUUUCCACGCCAGUUACACAGAUGCUAUGGUUGAUCUACUGGAGCCUGUUCACUAUAUUACGCAGUUUCCCCUUGUGACCAACCUGUUCAAGAUGCUCCCGCUUGCGUGGGUGAAGGCAAUGUCUCCUCAAAUGGGAACUGUGCUCGACUUUAACAACGAAAUGACGAACCAAAUUCGCAUCCUCCUAAACAAGCCAGCAGAGGAAAAGGGGCAGUCCAAGACCAUUUUUGGUGUUAUCCUCGAGUCAGACCUCCCAGCCUCGGAGAAGACAGUUGGCCGCCUCCAGCAGGAGGCAAUCAGUGUGACCGGCGCCGGUAUCGAGACGACGAUGCGGGCCCUCAGUCUGUGCACAUUUCAUGUCCUGGCAAACCCCAUAGUGCUAGAAAAGCUCCAGGCCGAGCUCAAAGAGGCUAUUGUGGAUCCCAGAAACCCUCCCGACUGGGACGCCCUCUCCCAAUUGCCGUAUCUCUCAGCCUGUAUCAACGAAGCCCUUCGAUUCGCAUAUGGAACGUCUCAGCGACUCCCUCGCACGCUCGAGGAUGAGCCCCUCCGUUACGGCGAGUGGCUUAUCCCCGUCGGUGCCACCGUGAGCAUGGACAACUACGCCGUGUCCCACGACGAGGCUAUUUUCCCAGACAACAUGACCUUCUGCCCGGAGCGCUGGCUGGGCGACCCAAAGGCUCCUGAUGGGAAGAAACUCUCGCGCUACAUGGUCGCGUUCGGUCGCGGGACGCGCUCCUGCGUGGGCAUGCAGCUCGCGUGGGCAGAGCUGUACACGGGCAUUGCGACGCUGUUCCGCAGGUUCAAGAUGGAACUCUACGAGACGGAGCGCGACGCGAUGGAUCUGCACAUGGACCGAUUUGUACCGCGUCCUAAACCGCAUACUCUUGGAGUGCGGGCUCUGGUCAAAGAAGAUCUGUAUCAGUGA